AUGAAGAAAACCCAUCAUGCUCAACAGUCUCUCCAAUUCAAGCCAAAGAAGAUGGUAUUGCAGCUUCUUCCAAGGACUGAACAACUCUACAAGGAGAUUAAUGCAAGAGGAUUCAAUCCGGGAAUACAGAUCAAAUUCAAAGAAACAAAAUCAGCGUCGUAUGUGGUGCAGUAUCUGAUGACCCGAUGGAGUACCAUUCUUGCUGCACUUCAAGUCCAACAAGUGAGAAUCUAUCCUCGUAAGAUCAACUUUGGAUGUGCCACUCAUUCGGGCUGGGGAAUUGAGAGCACUCAACAUGCCAUGAACAAGGUGAAGCGAGAAGUUGUGGAUUUUCAUUUACAUGGUUCUAAUACUACAUCAGGUAAUGAUCGUACACAUCAAGAGGAAGGUGCCGAUGAGCCUUUCAUCAUGGAAUAUGAUUUCAUAUAUUAUCCUCAACCAUCCUUGGUCAAUACUGACUUGAAACAAGGUGGUAACAACAAUACCAUCUCAACAACUACUCAAGUAUCGGUUCCUAAUCACUCUUGGAGUAAAGGUGCAAGUGGUUUCCUGUCUCCACCUUGCUCCUCUUCACAAAAACCUACCAUUCACUCUGUCUUACCUCAAAAGACUACAACAACAACAACUAGUAGUAGUGGUACUUCCACAAUGGGAUUUAUUACAUCUUUUGCAGAUGUGAGUCAUGUAUUGGAUUCCAUGAGAAGUGCUCAACAACAACAGCAAUCAUCGUUGAGUGCUACUUCCAUCAACACCACGACACAAUUCCCAUCAGUUUUGCCCACCAUCAGCAACCAAACACCAAUUGCAUCACCUUCUAAGAAUACCUCGUCACGAAAAAGAAAAACUAAGGAAGAAACAAGUGCUUCCGUGACAGCCAAUACUAUUGGAACCACAACUCACACCAACUCUUCUCCAAAGAAGAAACGAACCACUAAGAAAAAGAAAACAGAGACUAUGAGUACAGUAGAGAUUCAGAAUAACACUGUCAUUCCUAAAGGUACUUCUCAAAACAAGCUUUUCAUUACACCUUCCCAAGUUGAGGCAAGUUUAAGUAAUUUCCUCAAUACUGCCGAUAUCAAUUCUCAAUUUUCACAAAUUAACAAACUCAACAACAUUGAGAUUUCCAAUUUGAGUGAGCUAUUCAACUUGCAUUUUGGAUCUUCAUGUAAAGAACAAUCCACUACAAAUUUUGGAUCAUUGUUUGGUAGUGAUGGUGAAGGAUUCAAUAUGAAUCACCAAAAUGCAAAUACCUUCAAGUCAACCAACAAUCUUGCCUCAACAACAUCCUUUGUAAAUACCUCCAUGACUCCAUCCAAAUCGUCUUCCAAUAUUCUUCAUAUUAUUAGUCAUAAUGACAACUCUUCCCUUUUUGUUAGCUUGAGAGAAAAGUCGACCGGUCCUAUUGAUGAUUCAUUGCCCUCACUAUUUGCAUGA